CUUUUCGUGACUUACUGUUAGCGUAGAGGUGUUUGCAGUGAAACGAUUGCCUCCUCUAUAGCGUGAAAACAAAGCAAUCAUUCAUUCAUUGCAUUGGUUUUCAUCAAACAUUUGAUCACUUCUUCAAUUCGUAUCAAUUAUGUCUCAAUUCUACCACCAAUUGAUCCAAUCUCUGGACAAAUGUCUGCACACUUCGGGACGCAUUGCAGACAUCGGCGAGAAGAUCGAGAAGACCGCUGGAGUUAAACGCAUUUAUGUGGCUCAGGGUCUCAUGGGAUUAGUGGCCAUUUACAUGAUAUUCGGACACUUCGCUGAAUUGGUUUGCAAUUUGGUUGGCUUUAUAUACCCGGCCUAUGCUUCAAUCAAAGCUCUCGAGAGUAUGCACAAAGAGGACGACACGAAAUGGUUGACGUAUUGGGUUGUCUUCGCCCUCUUCUCUGUCUUUGAGUUCUUCUCGGACUUCAUCUUCAGUUGGUUUCCGCUCUAUUGGUUGGUUAAGGUUGUAUUCCUUGUCUGGUGUUUCGUUCCCAUUCAAAACAAUGGUUCAAAUUAUAUAUAUUUGCGAGUAAUUCGUCCCGUCUUCUUGAGACACCAUCACAACGUUGACAACACUCUGUCGUCUGCCGCCGGAACCGCUAAAGGGUUGGUCGAUAAGGUCUAUAACGAAGACACAGACACACGAGACAUCGCCGUUGGACAGGUGUGGGACAGUUGGGUGAUAGGAGUGGAAGUGAUGGCGACUCUGGUUGAGGGCCAACAAUAUGCUCUCACAUCACAUCUCAAUCACUCGAUCAACAAGUCUUUGAUUUUCGUCAAACUCACCGAUUCUGCCCUCAAAGCCAUCGAAGACUAUCUCAAUCAUAAGGUGAUUAGUAUUCCGAGCAAAAGAAGUACUUUGGAUGAGGACAGACAGCAAUUCAGUUUCACUCUGUCUAAUGUGGAUGCAGUCGAACCUCAGGGCAGCUUUGAAUGCAUCCGGCAGUCGAAGAACCGCUGUAUGGAAUCGUUUGGUGAUAUUGACUAUAAAUUGCAAAUCCAUGCCAAUGACGACAGCUAUCAUUCGACUAAAGUGAAAAUGGCUGUCGUCGAGAGGGAGAGCAAGAAGUAUAGCACCAAAGUGAUCAAAGCUAGUGAUCCUAACGUCGGCCGAAAGGUCAAAGUAAAGCGCCAUCCCUUCACGAACCGACCCGUACCUCAUUCUCAGCCACAAUCCACACCAGAAUCACUACCACAACCACCACAACCCGGUUAUAGCAGUUAUAAUAAUUAUAACAACACUUGCAGUAAAUCUAAUUCUCCUCCAACGCUCAAACUCAACGGCAAUACCAUUAACGCCAUUCCUAACCAUAAGACUGUUGUCAGCCAUCACUCAAUCAGUAGUUCAAACACAAACACAAACACAAAUGCAAUUAUUAGUAGUAAUAGUAAUUUAAGUGAAACUAAUGUUAAUAAUAAUAACUUAAGUCCAACCGAUGAUACGAAUUCUAAUGAACUCAACAAAACUCUUCGUGAAAGUGUUGUCCAGUUGUUAGCAUUGCGUCCCUUAAAGAAGUCGGAACUCAUGAAUAUGUUGUCAAACCAGGGCUUUAAGGAUAUCGACAAAAAAGAGUUGAAUUGUAUAUUAGACGACAUAUCGUUGUGUAAAGAGAAUGGUUACGAAUUGUCUAAAACUGGUUGGAGUGAAGUGAGUGCCGAUCGCAUGGACUGCACCACCGAUGAGAAGGAUUCACUUAAGAAGAGGAACACAUUGACCACAACUCCCACACAGAACAGCAUAUCACCGCUGUCUGACUGCGGAUCAAUGGGCGCCUAUCUAUCGCCAAUGAGUAUGGACUGUAGCUCUCCCUUAGGCCCGAAGAGUCCCUCCAUUAAUAAGAGGAGUUCUGACAACAGUUCCACUUCUUUAUCUGUAGCCAAAAAACAGAAACCUUUAGUGAAUUUGAAUGAGUCAUACAAUAAUACAAAGUCCCCGACGACUACCACUAAACUCAAAACGAAUGGAUACAACCAUUUGCUCAACGGUUGGGCUAAUAAACCUUCGAGUCCUGAGAGAGAGUCCAACCCAAGUGCUGUCCUCAACACCACCACAACCGCAGGCAUAGAGUCAUUGCUUACAAAUACGAGUCAUUCAUCUCCCGAUUCCAAUUCACUUUGUUUAUCACAACAAGAGUUCCACAAUCAGAGCAAUCGUAUUGUCAAUUAUAUCACUAAUGAAAACACUUUUGGAAAAAGUCAUAAAAGAGAUGCUUUUAAUCGAUUUAAAAGCAAUGGUUACCAUAUGAAUGGCAACGGAUCCGGUUCUAUAAACUCCUCUCCAAACUCAAGUCCCGACAGCGGCACCGGUAGUCACGACGGAAGCACUUUGAGCUCUUCAAACUCAUACACUCUCUGUGCGAACGACGAAAUGCCCGACUAUUUAACAAAAUACACGAAAAUCGUAACUCCAGAGCAAAGGGCACAAUACAAGAAAGACUUCUAUAUUGAAUACGAAGAGUACAGGCGACUGCACCGGUAUGUCGAGAACGUGGCCUCAAAGUUCUCGGAACUGGAAAUACGUCUCAACACUAAAGUUGAAGGAUCUGAUGACUGGAAUAAACUAAUGGAUCAAAUCGUUAGAGAAUAUGAGGAGACGAAGAACUGUCCGAAGUUUCAGAAGUGUCGCAAACGGAUGUUCUAUCUUCACGACAAAUUAGCUCACAUUAAGUCUCUUGUCGUCGAUUAUGACCGCAAUUAUCAUAAGGAAAAGAAUCGAUUGCCUCACAAACUUCAAGUCAAGUCAAACCCCAUCUCUUAGCACU